CUCACAACACAACAGGACAGAGACAUAAUCUUUGGCCUCAAAAAGUUUAAAUCUUGCAAGAUUUAAUUUCAGUCAUAUGUUAAAGAAACUUCAAGACUUCUAGUCAGCUGAUGAUGGAUUUGAAAUUGUGGCUCUCAAUUCUGAUGGUUUGUGAUAUGGCUGAAUCUAUGGGCCCGGGCCAGAACUGGCGCAUAUCUGUACCACCAGUAAUCCCUGUUCUUGAAAGUUCAUGUGUGGUCAUUCCCUGUCUGUAUGAUUACCCCAAGAAAGGUCACCUGUGGAAAAAGAGGCCGGGAUACUGGAGAAGAGGUGACGAUAUUGUCGCAUCAAAUAACCCCAAGUUCAAAGUAACGCAGGAGUUCAAAGGGCGAUCCAAAAUUACAGGAAUCAUUGAAAGAAGUGUCUGCACCUGGCAGCUGAAUGACGUCAGAGUAACCGACGCUGGUCCGUUUUACUUGACUAUUGAAAUUCCAGGAUUUACAAGCUACACUUUCUCAAAAGAUACGGUGGCCCUCAAUGUCUUCCAAGUUCCUGAGCCUCCAGUGAUGACUAUAGAAGUCAGUAAUAAAGUGACUGCCACCUGCAAAGUUACUCACGUCUGUCCAACAUCUCCUCCAAAAAUCUCUUGGAGUCACCCCGGAACUACCACAACGACAACAAAAUUGACCAAAACGUGGUUAACAACGUCGACCCUCACCUUCACCCCUGAAGAAGCCGACUUCAACAAGCCUUUAAACUGCACGGUGAAUUUCAGUGACAAGAAGACUGCAGAGGGCUCUGUGCUUCUGGUCAAGAAGAGUACCUAGUUAAACUAAAUAUGGAAUACUAACUAUGGAAUACUAAAUUAAAGCAAUAUUUUCAGAGCUAUCUGCCAUAAUGACAAAGUGAUUUGGCAGAAAAGGCUUUAAGAUU